UCGGCGAGGGAAUGGAGAAACGUAAACCCGCCGGCCUGCUGCCCUCACCGUACCACCUCCUCACCGUGCCCCCGGACCUGCCGGGGACCCUGCCCCGCCUCCCUCUCAGGGACCCGCUCACGGUCUCCCGGCGUCUGGACGCCGCGUGUGGGCCGCGGGCGCCCGGGGGCUGCGCCGCGAGGCCGCCCUGCCGGCCCCUGCCGCUGGAGGGCGCCCUGGAGCCCGCCUUCCUCCGCCGGCGCAACGAGCGCGAGCGGCAGCGGGUGCGCUGCGUGAACGAGGGCUACGCGCGCCUGCGAGACCACCUGCCCCGGGAGCUGGCCGACCGGCGACUCAGCAAGGUGGAGACGCUCCGCGCCGCCAUCGGCUACAUCAGGCACCUCCAGGAGCUGCUGGAGCGCCACGGCCGGGGGCAGGAGGGCCCCGCCGGCGCCCGCACUCCGCGCCCGGCCGAGUGCAACAGCGACGGCGAGUCCAAGGCCUCGUCGGCGCCUUCGCCCUGCAGCGAGCCGGAGGAGGCGGGCAGCUAGCGAGAGCCCGGCCCGGCCCCCCGCGCCCCCUCCCCUGCGCGCCCCCCGCCUGCGCGCCCCAGGAGUCGGGCUGAAGAGUCUCUCCGAGGGUGGUUUGCAUUUUUUUGCUCUCGCUUUUUUCUCCAGAACUAAAUCUUAGGAAGAAGAAAUGCGUGUUUUACGGGGUGGGGUGUAUUUUGACAUUCUGGUUGCCCUCCUCCCCCCACCCCCCUUAUUGGUUAUGCGCCUGCAAACUCAAGGGUGCUUAUUACGGAAAUUCUACGGUCCUUCUCAAGUGCACACGGUACCGGAUUCUGAGCACCUCAUUAUUCUAAAAACUCAAGAGGGCGACAACGACAGGAAUUUCCCACAGCCCGCGGUGUGGGUACAAUAUGUACAUGAAUAUCGAAUUAAAUCCAACCUUAACCAACGAAGAACUUUUCAAAUAAAUAAAUAAAUGACAGCCCUUAGGACGAGAGGAACGUUUUCCUGCAUGCUUUCCUUUGAGAAUUGCAUUUGAAAUUUAAUUGACACUGUCACUUUGGGUGAAGGUGACUCCAAGCUGCCGCUUGAGCAAACACCCAUUUGCCAGGGCCUGCUGCUGGACCAGCGCGUGCCGUUGGCUGAGUACGUGCACCGCGGUGCUCAAGAAGACCAGGGCCGUAUUUUGAUACUGCCAGCUUCAUCCAAAA